AUGAUUUUAUUCAACGAUUUGAUUAUCGGUGAUCAAAUAAAAAUUGGAAUAAUAAAUAAUGUAUCAUUGAAUGUUCCUCAAUGGAGUACUCGUUCCCUAUUCUAUCCCGUGUUAAAUGGAACAUGUGAGGAAUGUUUAUGUGCUGUAGUAACUAAUUCAUCUGCUUUGAACUCAAUCGUCUUGAAUGAUAUUGGUUCAUUUAAUUGUUUUCUGAACAAUCAAACGUGCCAAUUUUUUUCAAAAUCAACUUUUUAUCAAUUUUGGCUUAGUAAUGAUAAUGAUACGGACUAUUACAUAUUUCAGUUACCAACAACAUUGAAUGAAUCUGAUCUACUUGCGUGGCAUUCAUUCGAUAAUGGAUCAUACAAUGAUUCAAGUGGAAAUCAACUUAAUGCGAUUGAAGUUGUUGACGUCUCACCAGCAGUUGGACGGAUCAAUGAUGCAGUGAAUUUUUCUUUAAAUACAUCAUUAUAUAAAAUAGGAGGUUUUAUCCGUUUAGGUCAAUCGGAACAACCAUACUCUGUGGCACUAUGGGUACGACCAAAGAUCCUGCAAGAAGCACCUCUUGUACAUCUUUCUGCGCAAAGUGAUGGUCAAGGAUGGUGUAUUGAUAUGUUAGGUUUUCUUGUUGAUGGUCAAACUGUCGCUCGUUGUUGGCAACUAUCACCAGUUAUUGUCAAUGGUUUAGUGUUACCGAUUGAUGUUUGGACUCAUGUAACAACAACAUAUUCUCCAACAAUUGGUCUUCAAAUCUAUAUCAAUGGAACAUUAAUAAAUCAGUCGUCACCAUUUUCUUAUUCAGCAUCAGAUCAAAAUAAUUAUAUAACACUUGCUAAUUCUUUGUUAGCUCAAUCUGGUUCUGCAUGUGCUUCAAGUAUGAUUGCGCAAUCAGGAGUAUUCCACGGGUUAAUUGAUGAACUACGCAUUUAUACUAAAGCAUUAUCACAAGAUGAUAUUGAUGCUCUUGCUAAUCCUUAA